GAGCAGCAAUGGCCGCUUUGAAUCGGCGAAAUCCUAAUCUCGACGAUUUUGUGGGAUUAAACUGGAGUUGUUGGGUAGAUAGGGUGAAUAUUUUGCCAUCUGACGGGUCUGAUGUUGAAGACAGCAGCAGGUGUGGGAGGGACCGACCUGAGACCAUGACCCUCAGCAAAGAAGAUAUGCACAUAUACGGCCACUGCCCUGCACAUGAUGAUUUUUAUUUGGUGGUGUGUAGCCACUGCGACCAGGUGGUGAAGCCGGAAGCCUUUGAGAAGCACUGUGAGAGGCGUCACGGUCCGCUCACAAAGAUGUGUGGCCAGUCGCCAGCUUCGGCUUCACAGCAGCGACCUCGCCCGGGCCGGCCUCUUUCAAAUCUUUCCUCCUCCAGAGAGAGGCAGAAGGAUGGCAGAUAUCCUGAGGGCGGUGGCCCAGCCUCAGCAGCGUUACCUGUCCACCAGCACAGGCCUAACAAGGCCCAGAGAGAGGCAGCGAGUUUGCUGUCAGUGGAGACGUUCCCUCAGGAGAGCCCUCUCCUCCCACAUCGCUCCUCGUCCACGCCUCGCCCCAGGGUUCCUCCGUGGCACUCAGGACCCCUGCCCCCUGGCCUCUGUUCCUCCUCCACUCCUCAGUCAGAGAGACCCACUGUGCAGAAGUCCACAGCUGGACAGUCCAGUGAGUCUCACAGUUCUCUGCGGGGAACAAGAACCUACAGCCGGAUUUAUAAAAACAUAGACAAGAAAGAAUGUGACCUGAACAAACACUGCAGAGUUCUUGAUCCAGAAAGGAAGAAGCUAUGCAGCCGGGAGCUUAUAUGCAAUACUGAUUCCAUCCAUCAGCAGCAGAAAGCACUGGGAAGGGCGAAGACUUUUGAUCAGCUGGCAGUGGAGCAGAGAACGACCUCAGCAGGUCGAGAGGUGGAGCAGCUUGUUGUCAAGUUAAAAGACAAAGAGCAACUCGUGGAAGCUUUUGAAGAGAAAAUAACAACUCAGAGCAGUAGAUACAGCUUCAGCAGCAACUGCCACAUUCUCAGGUCCAGGGAUCCACAGGAAAGCUUUCCAGAAGAGGAAGGUGACAGCACUGUAGAAGUGGAGGUGCAGCCUCCUUAUCCCUUCAACCAGAGCCUUAUGUCAAGUGAGGAAAGUGAAGAUGAUGAGCAGGAGGAAGCCACAGACCUGCCUGCCUCACCCUGGCACCCCAAACCUCUCGGGCUAUGCACUUUUGGAUGCCGGACACUGGGUUGCAGCAUCUUUACCUUCGACCGCCGUUUGCAUCACCUGCAGUUUGCCCUCAGUGCCAUGUUGGAGCGCCAUGUCAACACACAAUUGUGGAAGAAAAUGCCUCAAGUAUCAUCAGGUCUCAGGUCUUGUCAUGUCACGCCACCAACUGUCAGGACGGCAGCUAAACCCACCCAGUCCACUGGCUCCCUCAGCCUUGAGUCUACCUCACUGGGACAACUGGAAAGCAAAAGCAGACCGCACAACUCUCAGAGUACCAAACCGCCUUCUUCCACCUCCUCUGCAAGCCUUGGGCCCAACCGAUGGCGUAACCCUGUUGAACGCCCGGGCAAGGCUCGGCUUAAGGAUUUGGCGCUUAUGCAAGAUGUAAGCGCACCACAGAAAGCACCACACAACAGUGAGGACAAAUCCUCCAGAUUCAUCAGGGAUCCCCCCCUCCAUGAGAAGGGCCAGCCACACAUUCCCUCCUCUCAAGGACCUGCCACUGGUACCUUCUCACACGGAAAGAAGCCAUGUCCUCCUCUGCCACUACAGCCCUCAGAGAGACACUUGUCAGGUUUGGAGAAGCGUUCCCCUUUACCUGCAACAACCAACAGCUCCCCCCGCAGCAGAGGGAGGGCCACAGGAAUUCAGCAGAAGGUGGUGGGUUAUGAUCACAAGGGUCGUGGCCAAAAGCGCAAAGGUAGCAACGAGCCACUGUCCUUCAGCUCCUCACUAUCUAGAACCUCCAAGUGUAAGCGCCUGUCCUCUCCCUCCCGCUCCAGCCUGCUCGCCUGGAAGGGCGAGAAUAUUGGGGAUGUGCUUGCUUGGGGUCUGGAGAAAAGAUCCAACUCCUAAAGAGUGAGUGGACUUGCUCGCUCUGCAUGCAAUAGGCUGCCAGCAAUGUUUUGUUUUUUUUUUUGAUUAUACAAAUCUACAUCUGUUAGCCUGAAAAGACAUGUAUGUAGUAUGAGUGUAUGAAUGUGUUCUGGGGGCUGUGUGUGUUUGCUCACAUUUAUUUAUGUCUAUACAUUUUUAUGCACAGACAUCAGGAAUAAGUGUUAGUCUGCAUAUUACUGUGUUUUACAUAUUACUAUGUUUACUUUUGCAAAAUGUCUACUUUUCUACGUGACUAAAUGUCUCUGUUAAUUACCUGUGUCAGAACAAAAAAUAUACCUCAAACUUCUCAUUAUGCUGCUAAAAUGAAAAGUCACUUCACGGCAAAACAAAAUAA